GGCCGCCAACGUAAGAGUUAAGUGGUCAAAAUUCUCCGAAUUUUUUUGUCUGUCAUUUGCCCUAAAUAAAAGGGAAAGUUAAAGUUUUUUGUUUAAACUUGUUUUCAGUGCUUUUUCCAAUUAUGAAAUAGGUUUUUGGUUUGCGCCGGUAAAGUUUUUCGCAACAUGUCCACUGGUUACAUGUCGAAUAUAGUGACUGAAAAUGGCGAACAAUUCAUACCGGCCUCGCAGAGACCGGACGGCACCUGGAGGAAAGCGAGAAGGGUUAAAGAAGGCUAUGUGCCUCAGGAAGAAGUGCCUCUGUAUGAAAGCAAAGGCAAGCAGUUUAUGACAAAGAAACAGGAACCCGUAGCCUUAGCUUCUGCUCAGGGACAGGUCGCUCAAAGGAUAAUUCCCGGACUUUACAUCAUAUCUGACGAGAACGAUAAAAAGACUCAGAAAAAGAAACCCAAAAGCAAAAUUGAUGAAAUAAACAAAAUUCUUGAGAGUACAAAAAUCUCCGACGGCGCAAAGCAAAAACCAGAGUCUGAUAAGUCAGCAAAAAAUCAGGAGGCAACAGAUCCGGCGAAAAAAUUGAAAAACCUUAAAAAACGGCUCCGCGAAGUGGAAGCCUUGGAAGAGAAAGUUAAAAGCGGGGCUUUAACGAAACCCGAGCCCGAACAACUUGCAAAAAUCAACCGUAAAAAUGACCUUAUACUCCAGAUUUAUGAACUGGAAAAGCUGCAGCAAUAGAUUUGUGAUUUUAUAUAAUAGAUUCUGCAAAACGACCGAAGUGUUUAUAGGUUAAGAGUGUUCCAGGUUACCAGCUGUCAAUUAACGGUAAAUUUUUAUUAAUUGUUUUUAUCCUUUCCUCUUAUUAAGUUCAUUUUAUUUUAUUAUCCCCAAUGCCUACUUUUAAAUUGUCUCUGCUAUAAAUCAAUAUUUGGUAGAGCAUUGGUUACCUGACCUUGCCCAUCAUUUUGCCAUAUACUACUUUCACCCCAAUUUUAUUGUAUUUGUGUAAAUUUUAAGAAACAUGUAUGGUAUUUCGCGUAACGU